CCGGAGCACCGCCUGCUGAGCACCGUCCGGAGAAACCACUGCCAUUCUGAUGAUGAAACUACUACUGGUGUUUCCAGCUUUCUCACACACAGUUUGACUUCCUGUCCUUGAGUUAAACUAACUAACUAACUCAGUCUGUGUGUGUGUGUGUGUGUGUGUGUGUGUGUGUGUGUGUGUGUGAGAAAGAAAGAGAGGAAGGAAGAGGGAGGGAUUGGAAGAGGAAAGGAGCUCGAGCGUUAGUUUUCUGAGCAUCUGGAUAUUUGUCUGGAGAAAAGAGAGGAAGAAGACAGAUUUGGAUGUAUGGAAUACCAAAGAAGAAGACAGAAAAAGUUCACAAUAAGAAGAGAGGAGGAUAGGAGGCGGGAAACCAGGAGGAGAGUGUUCUUUUUCUAACGGGACAGGAGGACUAACAGCAGGAAUGUUACCGGUGAUCCUGACAGUUUACCUCAAUGACACCCAGCAGAUGCUUACUGAGGUCCCGGUUACUCCGGCAACCAGAGUGAUUGACGUUGUGGAAUACUGUAAAGAAGCCGGAGAGGGGGAGUGUCACCUCGCUGAAGUAUGGAACGGACACGAGCGUGUUCUCCCUCAGGAGAUCUUACUGUUGGAUCUGCUCCAGCAGUGGGGGGGCAGGAGGCCGGAGGUCAGCUUCUACCUCAGACACUGCCCCUCCUGGUCACAAGGAAGUCCGCAGCCUUUGGAGCAGAGCUGGGCCCAAGAAGAAGAAGCAGAGAGUGCUGAUGACAAGGUUCCCCGUGUGGAGCUGACCCUCUCGGAGCUCCAGGAAAUGGCCACAAGACAACAGCAACAAAUAGAGGCUCAGCAACAGAUGUUGGUCGCCAAGGAGCAGAGACUGAAGUAUCUUCACCAGGGAGGCAGAUCCAACCAUGGACAGACACAGUCUGAGGCGGAGAAGCUGCAGCGGCUGAAGGAGCGGGUGGAGACGCAGGAAGCCAAGCUGAAGAAGAUCCGCGCCAUGAGAGGACAGGUGGACUACAGCAAACUGAUCAACGGAAACCUCUCUGCAGAGAUUGAGCAUGUGAGCAGCCUGUUCCAGGAGAAGCAGACGGAGCUGCAGUGUGCCGUGGUCAGAGUGGACCAGUUGACGCAGCAGCUGGAUGAUCUAAAGAAAGGACGCCUUCAGCUACACUCUGCUCCACACGCUCAGGGGCCUCACAGCGGGCCCCUGGGGCCACACACUGGCCAGAAAGGAUCACCCCUGUCUGGUCCUGCAGCCCUGGAACUGAGGAAACUGUACCAGGAGCUACAGGCUCGUAACCGUCAUAACCUGGAGCAGAGCAGCAAGCUGGCCCAGAACAAGGAUCUGCUGAACAAGAGGAACGCCCAGGUGACGGUGAUGGACCAACGCAUCGGAGACCUGAGGGAACGACUGCAUAAGAAGAGAGCAGAGUUGAGUCGUAUGAAUGGAGGAGGCCCGUCCUCGCCUCAGUCCUCCUCACACCCGGGCGCUGGAGUCUCGGGGCGAGUAGCGGCGGUCUGCCCCUACAUCCAGGUUCCAGCAGAGGGGAGGCAGGAAGCGGGGUACCCCAUGCCUGCAGACCCCCCAGCCAAACCAACCCCCCUCAGCCACAUUCGCUCCCUCUCAGAGGAGGACAGGAGUGGCAUCAGGAAGCCUCCCAGCCAAUGGAAAGUGUCAGAUUUAGACAUCGUUCUGUCAGAGCCCACUAAGACGCAUGAGGGGCCUGGGUCCCCUCAGGGGGGCCACAGUAUCAACACUAAUGAAGCAUCAUGGCCUAGCAUGAGUAAGAGUGUGUCAGAUUGGAGGAGCAACAGUCCAGAACAGCUUCCCUCUGGUUAUGGCACUUACCCCAGUGCCAGCCACCAGGCGGCGGGGCAUCACUGCCCCUCCAGCUCCCUGCCCCGCUCGGCCCCCGGGACACUGGGCUGGCCCCGAUCCAGCGCUGCAAAUGCCUCCUCAAUCUCCUCUUCAUCGUCUUCCUCUUCACAACAAAUACAGCAACGGAUCUCCAUCCCUCCAAACUCAAGCCAAGGCUCCCCCUCCCAGCCACAAACAGAGCGAACAGAUCCCCCUCCAGCGGUGGCCAUUCGUCCGUACGUCCCGGACCAUCCCUCCAGGCCCCAGUCUCCGAGGAAGGGCCCCGCCACCAUGAACAGCAGCUCCAUUUACAGCAUGUACCUCCAGCAGCCACAGGCCAAGAACUAUGGGUCUCUGAGCAACAGGACUACUGUCAAAGCAGUCUAUGGCAAACCUAUCCUCCCCACCUCCUCCACCAAUCCGUCCCCUGUCCCUUUCCUCCAGGGAGGAGGAGGAGUAAAAGCAGGAGGAGAGGAUGUAACAGAUAAAGAAGGAGGGAAAGGAGGAGAGAGUACUGAUGGGCAAAUCCUCCCCCAACCCACUGUGGACAACAUCCCUCGCCCCCUCAGCCCCACAAAGCUCACCCCAGUCGCCCACUCCCAGCUGCGUUACCAGAGCGAUGCUGACCUGGAGGUUCUGCGACGACGCCUUAGCAAUGCCCCGCGGCCCCUGAAGAAACGCAGCUCCAUCACUGAGCCUGAGGGUCCCCAGGGGCCAAACAUCCAAAAACUACUAUACCAGAGGUUCAACACGUUGGCAGGAGGCAUGGAAGGAGGCUCAGGUAAUACCUUCUACCAGCCUGACUGCACUUUGGGUGAAGUGGACAACAUCCAUUCAUCCAAUGGGAAUGUAGAACCUGGAGACAAGCACGUGAAUACGGCAACCGCCGAGGGGGAGGUCCAAAACCUGAACUCGGGCUCUCGCCGCUUGUCCCCCCCUUCUGUUGCCAUAGAAAUACCCAAAGAGACGUCAGCAAAAGCAGAAACGACCAAAAACGUGUCACCACCGACCCGAUCCAGCCCGCCCUCUGCACCUGAUAGGCCGGAGGACCAGAACAACAACAAGAAAGGAUCAAGUCCUGCACAUGGCUCUGUAGGCCACUCCUCCCCCUCAACAUCCCCUCCUGCCCCCCCUUCAAAACCUAAGGUGAAGCGAACCAACCUAAAGAAACCGUCAUCAGAGCGAACGGGCCACGGGCUGAGAGUGAAGUUUAACCCUCUGGCUCUACUGCUGGACGCUUCCUUAGAGGGAGAGUUUGACCUUGUGCAGAGGAUUAUAUAUGAGGUGGAAAACCCCAGUAUGCCAAAUGACGAAGGCAUCACUCCUCUUCACAAUGCCGUGUGUGCGGGCCAUCACCACAUUGUAAAGUUCCUGCUGGACUUUGGAGUCAAUGUGAACGCAGCUGACAGUGAUGGAUGGACUCCUUUGCAUUGUGCAGCUUCCUGUAACAGCGUCCACCUCUGUAAGAUGCUGGUGGAGUCAGGGGCGGCCAUUUUUGCCACAACAAUUAGUGAUGUGGAAACAGCAGCAGACAAAUGUGAAGAAAUGGAGGAGGGCUAUACCCAGUGUUCCCAGUUCCUCUAUGGCGUCCAGGAGAAGUUGGGUGUGAUGAACAAAGGCCUGGUGUACACUCUGUGGGACUACACGGCCCAGCAGGCCGAUGAGCUGUCCUUCAGCGAGGGCGACGCCCUCACCGUGCUGCGUCGCCGUGACGACACCGAGACAGAAUGGUGGUGGUCGCGACUUAGCGACCGCGAGGGAUACGUACCCAGGAACCUACUGGGGCUGUAUCCAAGGAUCAAACCCAGACAACGCUCACUGGCGUAAAGCCCAGAUCAGACGCUACUUGCACACACGCAUGCACAGAGAAGAAGAGGAGCCGCAUGUGGGAGGAAGCAUUAGCCAGGGAAGAAAGAACAAAGGAAGCAGGAAGAAGAGAAAACAAAGAAGGAGCUCGCAGAAACUUUUUCCAUUUGUUUGGAUGUGAUGCUGGAACCACAAAGCCACUUUAUGCUAGAAUCAUAAUGUAUAUUUUCACUGCAGUAAAAGGAAAUUGCCUGUUAUUUUGAGCUUGGCAACUUCACACUAGUUCAGCCGCAUGAGAGAAGCUAAGUAGAAAAAUAUCUUGAGGCUCAGGACAUGAAAACACGAGCUCAGAUUCAUACUGACAUUCAUCCAAAUAACCUCAUAUUUGAACUUUAUUUUUGUAUGGUGUAAGGAGAAGUGGAGAGAAGAUUGAAAUGCAGUACAGGUCAAAGUAAGUGUGAAAGAGAAGCAGGAGAGAGGAACGUGAGGUAGUGUGUCUCUGAAUGUGUUAAAGGGAUUUAGAUGGAGCAGUGUUAGUCUGGAGUAAAGUUGGAUGUGCAACCACAAGACUAACAAAACAGGAUCCAGCAAGUGUAUGAUGCAUGGUGAUCCACAGCAAACCACAUGUUGACAAUAAAAUGUUAUGGCAUGGUAACAAAACCUUUCGUUUGAACUGACACCAGAAGAAUAUUUCAUUUCUGGCAAAAUAAUAAAAGGAGCAUCUGUAAAUGAU